ACAUUAGAAUUUAUAUUAGGAUAUAUCGCAAGGUAAAUAUUAACCGCUAUCAUCAAAUGUGAAGAGCUGUACAGAUGAUAUUUAAUUAUUGCCGGAGUGAGGCUGAUUAAUCAACUCUAUCCGGACGCAGUUUGCCAAAUAAGUUGUAGAAUAACAUGCCUGCGGAGAUACUACGCAUUUUGAGUUUCCGCUUACAGGUUCCUCAUGUUAUGCUGCUUUUCGCUGUUUUAAACAAUGUCUACAUUCGUUACAGAUGUGGGAUCACGCAAUAACAUUAGUAGCUGCUUUGGACAUAUUGGAUGAUAGUAAUACACGGAAAGAUAAGAUAACAUGUAGGUGAAACUGAGUGCUGUUCAGUUCUGCGCAUUUAAUUUCAGAGAACCAGAUUGACACAAAUCCAAUUCACCGGGAAUGUUCAAAUAGUGACACUUUACUGUGCUUACUGUAAGAUCUAAUGUGUUGUUUAGUGGUAUUAUCAAAUUCAAACAACUUUAAUAAACUAUCCGAGCUGCUCAAAUAUCAACUAUUUAGAGCAUAAUUUAUGCUCCCGAUUGCUCGAGGUGUACACCAUUUGAUUUUGCGAGUGAUUGUCAGUCAAGCCGCAGCAAUGGUCCGAGCCGAAACUCCUUGGAUUUUGAUCCUUCUAUCUGUCUGUUGGACUGAAGGGCAAUCUGGAACAGAUGUCGUGCAGAUCCCCAUCGGACUAGAAAGUGGGGCGAUAGCAGCUUCGAGUCUUACAGCUUCUAGUCAGUGGGCCGAGACGUAUGGUCCUGAGAGGGGGCGGCUAAACAUAGAUGUAGUAAAAGCACAGGGUGGAGGCUGGGUCGCCAAAAAAGCUAAUACAAAACAAUGGAUUCAGGUUGAUCUGUUAACUCCGUACCACAUCACCGGAGUGGCAACGCAAGGUCAGUCGGGUGAGCCCCAAUGGGUAACCAGCUUCAAGAUUGCCUGCAGUAUGGACGACGAGAUCUUUGAUACAGUGAAAGACCCCGAUUACCCUAAAUCCGACAAAAUAUUUCCUGCCAAUAGUGACCGCAACACCGUAGUGUUCAACCCCUUGCCGGCAAUUUUAUGCCGCUAUGUCCGUCUAAUACCUGUCGCCUGGUCUGGGUUCAUUGGAUUGCGUAUGGAGCUGUAUCGAGAAGGGACUGUAGCAGUUGCAUGCCAGGAAGAUCCUACAGGAGUGAACUACAGAGGGAACUUAUCUCAGACAAUCAACAAUCAUACUUGUCAAGAAUGGACCUCUCAGGAACCCCAUACACACGAUUAUACUCCAUCUGACUUUCCUAACGCGGGACUAGACGACAACUAUUGCAGGAACCCAUCUAAUGGUGACACUGCUUGGUGUUAUACCACCAAUCCUGGGAUAAGAUGGGAGUAUUGUGAUGUUGACUUCCUUGACCCCAGAUGCCAAGAAUCAACUCCUAUUCCUACUACUAUGACCGUACACACGACAAACCCAAAGACGGCGAUAUCUGUACAAUCGGAUCCAGUCACAUCUGAAACCACUGCUGAUACGACCACCACGUCUCAGCCCGCGCGAGGUGGUAGGAGGCUUCCACCGAGCGGAUUGGCUCUCACAAAACCUCCUCAUACAAAUGACAUGACAAAUCUGGAAACCACGGAGGCAGAUUUAGAGACCACAGCAUUCCCGAAGACAUCGGGUUCACCGCAGACUAAGACUUCUGGAGAAGAAACAACGUCUCAAGGAAGUGGCACCAAGAACCAAUCUGACUUUACAAAGACACCAAGAGAGCCACGAAAAGGUCUGAUAGAUACCUUGGCGCAAAUGGAUGAAGCACAAACCGUAUAUGUUGGUCUCUGUGUGCCCAUGUUCGUGUAUUUCAUCUGUUUCCUGACGGCUCUCGUUUUGCGCGCUAUCACCAUGUGGAUUCAAAGAUUGAAUAAAAAGAAGGAGCCACCGCCGUGCAUGGAACGUCCCCGGUUGAUGUAUGAGCUAGUUCGUUUGAGAUCUGAUGAUUUAAAUAAAUGCCACAGAAGAAAAGGAAUCCACAAAUGACAUCAAAUUUGUAUUUUAAUAUUGUUACAUUUCUUGUAAGGUUCAUUGAAUAAGUCAAGUUGGUCUUAGAUAAAAAGGGACAGGCGAUAAAACCUUUUAGGUCGGGAGGUUGGCAAAAGUUUAGAGGGGUUGUUUGUGUAUUGGUUUUCUGUAACAUUAACCGGGAGGACACAAAGGUGAAUUCACGAAGGUUUCGGAAUAUAUCAGCACUCGGGAUAUUCGUAGGAUUGUAUAUUAAGUUCGUUGGAUCAUUUUACAAUUUGUACGAUAGUAUAAUAUGGGUGUGUGCGUUCGUGAGUGGGAUGUAUUCAUGCGUGUUCGUGGGGUGCUUGGGUAUGUGGGGUGUGGGAGAUUAAUGUUAAUAAUAAUAUUCCGCGUUUAUAUAUCGCUUGGUAUAUCGACGAUGUCUCUCAGCGCCUUACAGAUAUUAUUACCGUUGGUUUAUGGGGUGUAGGUGUGUGUGUGCAUAUGCAUUUUAUUCUGGGUUUAUUUUGCCAAAUAUUAGGUUUAGGUUUAGGAUUACAAUUGGGAUUAAUGAUUUUGUCAUAUAUGGUGUAUAGGCCUUAGUAAUAUAAUGUGAUCAACCUAUUUCAUGAGUCUAUAUACUCAUUCUAGCGAUAUGGCAAUAUUUGUUUCAAGCGCUCCUCAAUAAUUGCAUUAUAAUUAUUAUUAUAUCAUGCAUCAAAAAUGUAUUGGUUUUUGAUUGGUUGAGAGCAGUUCACGUGACCAGAAAUAUUUCAACCUCUGAAAAAGUACUAUUUGGGAGUAUUAUUUGAGAGUUGAAUUAUUGUCUUUAUUUUAUAUUUCAUUAAAAUUGUAAAUUGUGAAAAAAUAA